ACGGAAGAAAUAGUAGACGAAGAACAACGACUAGAACUUUGACCUGGAAGUUCUUUCAUUUUGGCCGAAGAUAAAAUUGUCUCUUUAUUUUUCCUAUGAAGUCAGUCAGGGGACCAAAACCAUGAAACGAACUGUAAUUUCUGGUCUGAAAUAAGUCGUGCCGCACACCGAGAGACAGGAAACAUACCAGUUAAGCAUUUAUCGUGUAGUCGAUCUAAACAGUCACACAAAUCGCAUCCUGCCCUUAAAGAACCUUUGCUGUGCUGUUAGCACUGGGAGGCUAACUUCGCUUUAGCCGCCUAACGUUACCGAACUGUUAUUGUGUUGGACUCGUCAGGGAUAUCCAUAAGGACAGGAGUUUAUCAGCUGGGGCAGAGGAAGACAGCAGGAGUUGCAGGGAUUCAAGCAUCCCUUUUCAUCAUCGGGCCCUGAGAUGACAUCACAGCAGCCUCAGCUUCCCAAUGCUGUUAUUCCACCCCAGCUUGCCCAGAACUCGUCUGCUCAGCAGGCCCGGCCUCACAUUCAGGAUAAUCAGCUGGACUCGAGUCAGAGCAGUGCGACUGCUGGGCCUCUGGAUCCCAGAGCUCUGACCGGCAGGCCGGGCUCCACUGCUGUGGCAGCAGCCAGCGGGGAGGUGGCCAACAGAAACGUCUCUGCCUCCCGCACCAACUCAAGCUUGUCCAGAAGAGAUGGGGGCUUUGAGCCGUGGCCUGAGGAAGCAGUGGACAACUCCCAUGGGCUGUACUCUCUUCACCGCAUGUUUGACAUAGUUGGAGCCCAGCUAACCCAUAGGGAUGUCAGGGUACUGUCGUUCCUGUUUGUUGAUGUGAUUGAUGAGUAUGAGCGUGGCGGCAUCAGGAGUGGAAGGGAUUUCCUGCUGGCGCUGGAGCGCCAGGGUCGCUGUGAUGAGACUAACUUUCGACACGUUCUCCAGCUUUUAAGGAUUAUCACCCGCCAUGACCUGUUGCCUUAUGUCACACUCAGAAAACGGCAAGCUGUGUGCCCAGACCCGGUUGACAAGUACCUGGAAGAGACAUCAGUGCGCUACAUUUCCCCAAGAGGAGCCGUGCGGAGCAAGGAUACUGCGCUUCACAGAAGAACAGGUCCUCACCCAGUCAUUUGCUGUUCUCCGUCAGGACCCCAUGUUGGCCCUCCCCGAACAAAGCCAGCUCCUCUUUUACCAAACCGCAAACGGAGAAGUCAUUCCUCAGCUGACUGCAGAGAGAAGCAAACUUGUGAUAUCCGCCUACGGGUUCGUGCCGAGUACUGCCAGCAUGAGUCUGCGCUUCAGGGUAACGUCUUCUCCAACAAGCAAGAGGCAGUGGAGCGACAAUUUGAGCGCUUCAACCAGGCAAACACUAUCCUCAAAUCCCGAGACUUGGGCUCCAUCAUCUGUGACAUCAAGUUCUCUGAGCUCACCUACUUGGAUGCCUUCUGGAGGGACUACAUCAAUGGAUCACUGCUAGAGGCCCUUAAAGGGGUCUUUAUCACAGAUUCCUUAAAACAGGCUGUGGGCCAUGAAGCUAUAAAACUGUUGGUCAAUGUUGACGAGGAGGACUACCAGGCUGGUCGACGCAAACUGCUACGUAAUUUGGUCACAAGUGGAGGGAGUCCACCUGGAGACAGCAAAGACUCUGUAUCUUAGACGCUCUCCAGGUUGUAGCCUAAGGGAGAAAGGCUGCCGUGCUUUCCCCACAGGAAACAGAGUGAGAUGUGGUUUGUGGUGCCUAAAGUGUGUGCCUAAAAGGAACUGAAGGACUUCCAGCGACUGCUUUAAUUCCUAGAGAGCUAAGGCCAUAGGAUAGCUACUUGACACCCCUAAGCAUAGCAUGUGAGGUCAUUGGGAACAAUGUUGGCAA